UUUGUGUGCACGUGGAGGAUGUGCGCCUGCGCGUGCACGUUUCCCCGGGAUCACACAGGUGGAGGCGCGGCUUGAAAAUAUCCCGCGAGGUUUUUCCCGGGAAUGUCAAGCGUGGCGGAGAGCCAGUGAAGCCGUGAGCUGUGAAAGGUGAAUCUGCGGGGAUUGUUAGUGGGAAGACGGGGAAGGCUAAAUUUGAUGAGGAGAGAAGGAAGGUGUGCACGGGUGCUGGCACGUGAGCUGCAGCCGGCCGUGCAGGCAGGCGCUUUGAGGCCUCCUCCUUUUUAACCUCCCCCCCAGCCAAGCAAUGCAAUGUGAUCGAGUGUGGAAUACAACAAACAGCCAACACCGCCCAAGUCAUGGUGUCAGACCUCCUGUUCUUCCCCUCUUCAGUCCUCAUGCAUCCCGCAUCCGAGCCCAGUCUCUCAACUUGAUACCCCCCUACACACACACUCUCUCUCUCGCUCUCUCUCGCUCGCUCUCUCUCUCUCACACACACACGCACACACACACUCACACACUCACUCACACGUAAAGAGGCAGGAGGCUCCAGAAGAGCACAGUGGAUGUUUGGUCUCCUGCAGGAAAAGCACAGCAGACGACCAAAGCGCAAUUUGGAUUUAUUAAAACUGGACUUUUCCUGGGGGUUGGAGUUGAGCCAGUGGACUACUACUACUACUACUACUACUAACUACUUGUACUACUUGGCAUUAUUAUUUUGUGCUUUUUUGCGUGUGUAUAACAUCACAUGGAAGCUCGUCUUUGGAUGGCCCUCAUGGAUCCGCUGGUGGUCCAUGAUUCGCGGCUCUCAUUUGGAUUUUAAAGCACAAAAAAGCAACAUCUGCGGGACUUCACUUUCCUCCCCAUCACCCUCCUCCUCAUCACCGAUCCCCUCCCUCAAUCCCACCUCUCCCCACCCCCCGUUUGACUUCAUCAUGACGGCGAGGUAAUUCCUCCGUCUUUCACCAUCGAUCCACCCCAAGCUCUCGCUACACGGAGGAGCGCCGUUUCCCCCGAAGCGAGCGAGCGAGCGUCCUCAUCCGCCAGAAGAGCCGCGGAGGAAAGGAUGGACCCCCCGCGGGGAUGCGCCCUGCGCUGGAGGACGCUGCUGCUGCUGCUGUGGGAAGUUUUCGGCAGUCAUUCAGGAGCAACCGGAAGCAGUUCGGGCGUGGGGCCGGACUCGGCCCAGCCUCGUUUCUCCGCCUCCCUCCCCACCUACCUUCCGGUGCAAUGCCAGCUGAGCGGCGCCGACUCCGCCUUCUUCCUGCGGGAAGCCAAUCAGGACGUCAUGCGCAACGGCAGCUUGGCGUCGCGCACCGAGCCCUUCUUCCUGCACCAGCUGGAGGCGGGCGUGGCAGCGCCGCACGCCCUCCCCACGGUCGCCUGUGGCUACGGCAACAUGAGUGCCGAGCAGACCGUCCCGGUGGAGCUGCUUCAGGGGCCGCCGCCGGGUCUGCAACUGAUGGCCGAGCAUGUGACCCUCAACUGGAAAAUCAAGGGUCACGUGGUGGCGCCCAAAGUGGGGUCGACAAAUCCCUGGAUACAGGUUCUGUUUUACUUGGUGGGGCGCCGUUGGGAGGAGUCCGACCCCCCUCUCCCGGGUCUCCUUCCCUGUGUCCGAGCCGUGGUGGUCCGAGACGCCAUUGAAGAGGCCCCAUCGGCUGGGUGCCGACUCAUGGGACCAACAGGAAUCUGCGUUGUGCGCUUGGAAAUUCCCCCUGCCUGGUUUACACCUCUGCAGGUGCGAAGGAGACCUGUCGAGGGGGCGCUGCCCUCGGUGGAGGUGUAUUACUCGGUCAUACCAGUGGAAGGAGCAGGACUGGAAUGUCCGUCUAUUGUUAACGAGGCGUGGAAAAGUCCCGCUGUGAACACGGGGCCUCUCGGGGGUCUGGGCAUGGGCCUGGGUGGAGUGUGGAGCCCUCUGGUGGAUGGAGGACUUCAGGACAUGCAGAAAGUUGGCUCUGUGGCAAUGACUGUGGGUCCAGUCUCAGCCAAAGGAGAGAUACUGACGCUGGAUGAUAACGUGGAGGUUCUGGUGCCUCCCAGCCCGGUCCGGCUCGGCAAGACGGUGGCGUUUGGCGUCUACAUGAAGACGUACUCUCACGUGGAGCAGUUCACGCUCAGGGUGUGGUUCCAGUCGGGCAUCAGCUUCCUGGCAGUGAAGCCCAGCGACCUGGUAGCAUGGGAGAUCAAACAGGAAAUGGCCCCCGGGGGCGGCUCGUUGGCGGUGGUGUGCCAGAGGAAGUCCUCCUCCACGGCCGACAGGUUGGACAGUCCGUCCUACGAGGUGAUGCAGUUGGACUUUGAGGUGGACAACGUCAUCAGCUUGGCGCCAACCCAAACGCUGCACUGGGUGGUGGACUAUCUGUCGGGAGCGCCGCCCUCCGCCGAGAGAGUGUCUCACCUUUACAUCAGCAACGCGGACAUCCAAGGCAUCGUACCUCUGGCCCAGGACACGGAGGUGGUGAACACGGCCAUCCUGACGGGUCGGAGGGUGGUGCUGCCCGUGAAAGUGGUCACCGUGGAGACAGACGGACAGGUGAGGGGGGUGGACGACUCGGUGACGUGUAGCUCCACCGACGUGGACGUGCUCAAGGUGUCUCCAAACUGCGACCAGGUGUUGGUCAACGGCAAGGAAAUGCGCGGGCGCCAGCGGCUGGCAGUGAAUUUCACGUACAUGCACCUGUCCGCCCAGCUGCGGCUCACCGUGUGGGUGCCCAAGCUGCCGCUGCAGAUCGACGUGUCCGACACCGAGCUCAGCCAGGUGAAAGGGUGGCGCGUCCCCAUCGCCGCCAACAGGAGGCCCACCAGAGACAGCGAAGACGACGAGGACGACGAGAGGAGGGGGGGCAAAGGCUGCACCCUGCAGUACCAAUACGCCCUGGUGAGGGUCCUCACUCACUUUGUCGCCGAGCCGUCCGACCCGGGGGGAGAGAUGGUCUACAUGCUGGGUGCCGACUGGCAGGCAGACAUCACUCACCUGGUCCUGGAUCAGCUCAAGGUGGAGGACCCUCGCAUCGCCAAGCUCAUAGACGGAAGAGUCCUGCUGGGACGCGACCUGGGCAUCACCACCAUACAGGUGCUGUCCGCUCUGUCCGACUCGAUCCUUGCAGAGAAGACAGUGACUGUGUUGGACGACAAGGUCACCAUCACAGACCUGGGAGUCCAGCUGGUUGCGUCUUUGUCACUCAGCAUGACAUCCAGUCCUGGAAAUUACCAAGCGAUACAGUUGACCACCACGGCCAGUGACCUCCUGCACGCGCCCAAACAGGAAGCGGCUAUCAGCGCCUGGAUCCACUACAGCGAUGGUUCCGUCACACCACUGGACAUCUAUGACCCCAAAGACUUCCUCCUGUCCGCCCUCUCAUUGGAUGAGAAUGUCAUCUCUGUGACCAAUCAGGAGCAACACUGGCCCGUCGUCGUGGCAGAGGGCGAAGGCCAGGGGGCGCUCGUCCGCGUGGAGAUGGUUAUCUCUGAGACGUGCCAGAAGUCCAAGAGGAAGAGCGUGCUGGCGUCGGGGGUGGGCAACGUGAUGGUGAAGUUUGGCAGCAAGAACGAGGAGGAGGACAGAGGAGCGUCGGCCCCCGAGGACGGCGUCGCCGCGGACAACGCCACCGACAAGCAGCGAGCCGACGAGGGACGAGAGUGGAAGUCCAGCAGCGCGUCCGUGGACCGCGAGGAAGGCGCCAUGAGGAAGGUCAGCUCAACGACCAAGAGCACCGUCACCCACCGAGCCUCGGGUGGGAAGGCUUCCGGCGGCGGCGGCCGCCGGAGCGGCGGUCCGAGCCAAGCGGGGGACUCCGCGAGCGUCCCGGCCCUAGUGGAGGUACCCGGUUCUGCGGACGGCGAGCUCACCCAGACCUCCAGGGGACUGUCGGACCUGGAGAUCGGGAUGUACGCCCUGCUGGGGGUCUUCUGCCUGGCUAUCCUGGUCUUCCUCAUCAACUGUGUCAGCUUUGCCUUCAGAUACCGCCACAAGCAAGUCCCCGUGCUGGAGGCGGCCGGCAACAUGAACCACGCCCACGACUGGGUGUGGCUGGGCAACGAGGCCGACCUCCUAGCAGACCACCCCGACCAGUGCCCCGGCUCGCUGCCGGACGAGUGCACCACCAUCAUCGACCGCAACGAGGAAGGAUACGAGGAGAACAAGUACCUCCUGAACGGGGCGGGGGGCACCCUGGUGAUGGGCUCCAACAGCAGGGGCACUCUCGGAGGCGGCGGUGGGGGUCUGGGCGGGCACAGGGGUGUCUCUCACAGUCAGACGUUACCCAGGUCCAUUCCAGAACCGCAUCAGUGCCUUUCCGCCAUCGCCGCUGACAACUCGCCCAGAAACGCCGGCAACAAACGCAAACGAGUCAAGUUCACGUCGUUUGCCACCGUGCUGCCCAACGAUAAUCCAGGCGGGAGCGUGGGGAGCGUCCCCCCGUACAGCAACUCCUCCGUGCUGCUCAGCAAGGGCGGAGAGGACGACAUCAAGUGGGUUUGUCACGACAUGGACCUGGGUCAGUCGGAAAUCAGAACCUACAUGGAGAGGCUACAAGACAAUCUGUGACUGGGGUUAAGGUCCAAGUGGGGAACUUGGUGGGCGGAGCAGGGGCGGUGGGGGUCGCCAGAAAGGAGGGACAAUUCACCUGUGAUGCCUUUGCCAUGGACGAAGGGAGUGGAACGUACGGAAGGACGACAAAACAUGGCGCUAACUCUUCCGGAGAGGAGUCGCGAUGAGUCAUGGACAGCCAGUUUGGAACACGCCUACUUUUUAGGCUCCUCCCACCUUGUCACAAGCUCACACUGGAAUAAAGAACAAAAAUAUGUCCGCGAAGACAGGAGGUGAAUAUAAAAUACUGCAAUAAUAAGGUCAAAGUGAGACAAUAAUAGAAUAUAUAUUUAAAAAAACAUCACUAUUAGGGGUGCACGAUAAUUACCGGACCGCUAUGAGGGAAUUAUGAUGCCAUACCGAGAAAUCCGCUGCUGUAACCGAUCAUUUUAAAAAAACGCUCCAAUGAGGCGAGAUUACCAGUACUGAGCUCACUUGUAAACAAACAUUCGCUGUUUCAGAGACAUUUCGCGUGCUAGUUGUGCCGAAUGCUCCGCGAUGGGGGGGGGGGGGACAUCGGGAACGCAAAAAAACCUUAUCAGCCACCUGAAACGGCAGCACCGCGGCGUUUGAGAAGUGCAAAAGGUUUUCCCGAGACCUCCGUGACGCUACAUCGGCUGCUCGGAGCGUGUGUCCGAAUACAGUGCACUUUGCUGGGCCACAGCAGGUGUCUCUCUCCACUCUAUACUCUGGAUCUCUUGACAGUAGUGAUGUGGUAGUAAUGUCAUGAUAUUUGAUUAGGGCAACGCAACAGGUACAGCUGGUCAAAUCCUAAUUUGUUUGAGUCUUUCUUACCUCCACAUGUGCACAAAGUACAGUUAAAUCUACAUUUUAUAAAGUAGAGUUAUCCGUUAUUGGUAUCAUAUUGGCCUUGAGAAGCAGAAACUUAAUGGUAUUGGUUUGAAAAAAAUAGAUCGUGCAUCUCUAAUUACUAUGGAGGGGUUUUUUUGCGCCAAAAUGAAAUAAAUAUGAGUGUGUAUUCAUUAUUUAAAAUGUGAAAAUGUAUUAAAUGGUGCUUAAUUUCUUUGAACUGGGAAAUUAAUUUAAAAUAAUUCGACUUAACCUAUUUUUUUUCCUGACCCAUGUGUUUAUUUUAUGGCUAUCUUAUAUAUUUAAUAUGAGAAAAAUAUAAAAAUUGAAUGAAGCCACAAGAGAUUAAAAAAAAUAAUAAAAUCAUUUCACAAAUAUUAUUUUAUCAUUUAUUAAUUAGUCUCUAUAUUUAUUUAAUUUUGGCAACAACACACACCCCCCCCAAAAAAACCUCCAUUUUAGAUAUUUCAUUGCGCAAAGACGAGUGUAAAAAGCAACCAUCCACUCAGCCGUGAUGCACAUGAACAUUUGUAUUCAUCACAACAUACAAGAGGGUCUAUUUUUAAUGUGGACCGAAUGGUUGCAUCCAUUUGAGACCUUUUCUUUGGUCCUUGCUAUGAGGACAAUAAAGACUCAAUACGUAUUACAGUAAAAAUAAAAAAAAAAUGUAAUUGAUUCAUAGUGGAAGUGGACUGCGACCCCCCACCCCCACACGCCCCCUCCUGACUGGAUCCGGGAAUGAGUGGCGGCGAAAACUUGCACAAGCAACAGCAGCAAAAGACUUGAUUUCCUGUUGUUCCCAAAACUUCCAGCCAAUGACGGCGUUCCCUGUUCCAUGUUGACCCCCACCCCCCAGCCCCGCCGACAUCAACAACAGAACAUUUUGAGUCUUGAUUUUUUUUUCUUUUUUUUUGUUAUUGAAUUAGAGUAUUUUUAGUUUUCUCUGGUGUACUCUGCAAGUAGGCGACAUGUAGGCUUUGAUUUUAGAGAUAAGGGUGUACCAUUCUCUCUGCUGGAGAUCUAUUUAUUUAAAUUAAGCACUGAUGGGACGGGAAGGGGUGGAGGGUUUUUUAUUUUUUUUGAAAGCUCAGGUGACGAGUCUUAGCGAGGAAAAAACACCACCAAUAAGAGGAGAGGAUUGUUUGGAUGGCAAUAUUUAUUAUUAUCAUUAUUUGUAAAUGUUGUUUUAGAGAAUAAUGUAUGUUGUAAAUAAAUAACCAUGACCAACACGUACUGCCUUUCUCAUCCCCGGGCUCCUUUUCACCAUCACUGCUAGCCUUCUGUGGUGACUUUUUGCUUUUUCUUUGACUUUUCUCGCAACUCCUAAUCCAAAAAGUAUGACGGACUAUUAGGGCCGCAUAAUAAUCAUGAUAAACUGAGAUUUUGAGAAUAAAGUCGCAAAUUUACGAGAAUAAAGUCGUUAAUAUACGAGAGAAAAGUUGUGAAUUUACGAGAAAAAAAUUCUGAAAUUUGCGAUAAAGUCGGACGGUAACGAGGAAAAUGACGUAAUAUUACGAGAAUAAAGUCGGAAAUUUGCGAGAACCUAGUCGUAAAUAUACGAGGACAAAAAGUUGUGCAUUAAGAGAAAUAAAUUCUGAAAUUAAGGAGGAAAAAGUUGUAUUAUUACUGUCACGUUCUGUCAAGUGCAUGACCCCCGGUAUGCAGAGAAGAGGCGGCGGCUUGCAAAAGUAAAGGUUCUUUCAUGGUGAAUAAAAGAUGAAAGAAAAGGCGACAGAGAAGAAGGCUCUGUGAUACAAGUACAAAGAAAGUCCAGGUGAGUAAAUCUAAGUGAUAGCGCUGAUACGGAGACGAGGAACAAGUGUAACAUAGGCAACAGUACGCCGUACGUCUGUCGACGCUGGUCUUUUAAGCGCCACUAAUUGUGACCUUCCGCGGCUGCGCGGCCACCAGGCUAGACGCGGCUGCCACUUCCUUAAAUUUCCGAGAAUAAAGUCAUAAAUAUACGAGAAAAAAAGUAAUACAUUUACGAGAAUAAAGUCGUAAACUUCCAAGAAUAAAGUCGUAAAUAUACAAGAAAAAAGUUGUGCCUUUGCGAGAAUAAAAAUCGUACAUUAACAAGGAAAAUGCCAUAAUAUUACGAAAAUAAAAUCGGAAGUUUACGAGAAAAAGUCAUAAAAUAAAGUCGUAAAGUCUAUCCUCAUCUUUUCAUAGCUGUCUCAGGCAAUGCCUGUUACUCCUUUUCACCAUCACUGGUAGUCUUCUUUGGUGACUUUUUGCUUUUUGUUGGACUUUUUUUGCAAAUCUUAAUCCAAAAAGUACAACAGAGUAUUAGGGCCACAUUGAAAAAAUAAUGAUAAUCUGAGAUUUCGAGAAUAAAGAUGUAAAUUUACGAGAAUCUAGUCGUAAAUAUACGAGAAAAAAAGUUGUGCAUUUACGAGAAAAAAAUCUGAAGUUAACGAGGAAAAAGUCGUAUUAUUGCUAGAAUAAAGUUGUAAAUUUACGAGAAAAAAGUUAUAAAAACCCAUAAAGUAGCUUUGAUAGCUUUCUCAGGCGGUGCCUGUUACGACAGGGUAUGAAAAUAAUCGGAGAUUUCCAGAAUAAAGUCGUAAAUUUAUGAUAAUAAAAUAGUAAAUAUAUAUGACAGUCGUACGCUUACAAAAAAAGUCGUAAAUUAACAAAGAAAAACCAUGUUAUUACGGGAAUAAGUUGCAAAUUUAUGAGAAAAAAAUAGUUAAGUAAGUCACUCCUUGUCAUAGCUGUCUAAGGCAAUGCCUGUUACGACAGAGUAUUUCGAGAACAAAGACAUACAUUUACGAGAAUAAAGUCAUAAAUUUCUGUGAAAAAACUCUCAACUUUAUGUUACAGGCAAAGUUAAGAGAUGUUACAAAAAUGAAGUUGUAAAUUUCCUAGAAUAAAGUUGCAAAUUUAAGCCGUAAAUAUACGAGAAAAAAGUCGUAAAUUUACGAGGUAAAAAAGUUGGAAAUUAAGGAGAAAAAAGUUGUAUUAUUACGAGAAUAAUGUCGUAAGUUUACGAGAAAAAGUUGUAAAAAAAGUCAUUAAAUUCCCCCCAUUUCAUAGCUAGGCAAUAGGCAAUGCCUGUUACGACAGAGUAUUAAAAUAAUCGGAGAUUGAGAAUCAAGUCGUAAAGUUACGAGAAUAAAGUUGUAAAUUUAUGAGAAAAAGUUGUAAAAAAAAAAAAAAGCCAUAAAAUCCCCUCUUUUCAUAGCUGUCUCAGGCAAUGCCUGUUAUAAUAAUCGGAGAUUUCGAGAACAAAGACAUAUUUUACAAGAAUAAAGUCGUACAUUUACGAGAAAAAACUUGUAACUUUAUGUUACAGGCAAAGUUAAAAUGAAGUUGUAAAUUUCCUAGAAUAAAGUUGUAACGAGGUCGUUACAAGGUAAAAGAGCAGAAAUUAACGGGAAGAAAGUUGUAUUAUUACGAGAAUAAUGUCGUAAAUUUACAUGAAAAAGUCGUUUAAAGAAAUCAUAAAGCCCCCCCCUUUCAUAGCUGCAAUGCCUGUUACGACAGAGUAUUAAAAUAAUCGCAGAUUGAGAAUAAAGUCGGAAAUUUACGACAAAAAAGUCUCAGGCAAUGCCUGUUACGACAGAGUAUUAAAAUAAUCGCAGAUUGAGAAUAAAGUCGGAAAUUUACGACAAAAAAGUCUCAGGCAAUGCCUGUUACGACAGAGUAUUAAAAUAGUCUGAGAUUUCCACAAAAAAGGACUUUAUUCCCGUAAAUUUAUGAGAAAAAACAAUUUACAACUUUUACUCGUUAAUUUACGCCUUUUUUUCUGGAAAUCUCAGAUUAUUUUUUUUUCAACGUGGCUCCUGUACUUGUAACAAAGACUCCAAACGCGUCCUCACAUGUUAGAAAAGUAAACAUCAACUCUUGUGUUGCGUCAAUUAGAGACAACUCACGCUUAAGUUAAAUUCCUACUUUUAUUACUGACUCAUCUCACACACACACACACACACACACACACAUACUUGGCAUGCGCAGCGGCGGUCAUUUCUCUUGUUAAUGUUGCAUGUCGAAUUUGCAGGGUGGCAGCGUGCAAAUGAAAGGUUGCAAUAUGUAUUUGAUAAGAAGCUGUAAAUCAGCUGCUGUAACGCACACACACACACGCACACAUGCACACACACACACACACACACGCACACACACACACACACACGCACACACAUAGAGGCCUGCAGGGAUGCACACUAGAAAGAAAAAAAAACGUGUUAAUAGUAAGCGGUGCUAAAUUGAACUGGAAGGCUGCGUGUGCCCCGGAGGACGUUUGUGCAUGAGAGUGAGACGUCCUGACAAACUUUAUUUAUUUACUCACUGGACACUUCAUUAGGUCCCCUACAUAAUAACAUCCAACACUUUCCGAAAAACAGCACAGCACUCUUGUCAUAUAGGGGAUCUUUGACUCGUCUUUUUGCAGUAGGCCAUUAAAAACAGCAGAAGAUUCCUGUUAUAUAGGAUCUCUGACUGGCGUUUCUUUUUUUCAGUAGGUUCUUAAAGGAUCUUUGGUUUGCGUUUUUGCUGUGAAUUUGUAAAACAAACAGAGCACUCUUGUCAUAUUGGUGAUCUUUGACUGUUUUUGCGCAAUAUCUUUAAAAAACAGCAGAGGGCUCCUGUUCCAUGCAGGAUCUUUGACAGGCAUUUUUGCAGUGGGUCCUUAAAAACAGCAGAGCUAUCCUGUCACAUAGAGGAUCUUUGACUAGCCUUUUUGUAGUACAUUUUUAAAAACAGCAGAGCGCUCCUGUCACAUAGAAGGUCUUUGACUGUGACUUUGUCGUAUGUCCUUAAAAACAGCAGAGCAAAAAAACAGAGCACUCCCAUCAUAUUGGUAAUCUUUGACUGUUUUUGCGCAAUAUUUUUAAAAACAGCAGAGCACUCCUGUCAUAUAAAGGAUCUUUGACUGCCAUUUUUGCAGUAGAUUCCUAAAUAUAGCAGAGCCUCCUGUCACAUAGAAGAUCUUUGACUGUGACUUUGUCGUAUGUCCUUAAAAACAGCAGAGCACUCCUGUCAUAUAAAGGAUCUUUGACUGCCGUUUUUGCAGUAGAUUCCUAAAUAUAGCAGAGCCUCCUGUCACAUAGAAGAUCUUUGACUGUGACUUUGUCGUAUGUCCUUAAAAACAGCAGCGCUCUCCUGUCAUAUACAGGAUCUUUGACAGACAUUUUUGCAGUGGGCCCUUAAAAACAGCAGAGGGCUUCUACAGUAUCAUAUGGAAGAUCUUUGACAAGCAUUUUUGCAGUAAAUUAUUAAAAACAGCAGAGCGCUCCUGCCAUAUAGAGGAUCUUUAACUCACAUUUUGUAGCAAAUUCCUAAAAACAGCAGAGUGCUCCUGUCACAUAGAGGAUCUUUGACUCACGGUUUUGCAGUAGGUCCUUAAAAACAGAAGAGGGCCACUGUCGUAUGGAGCAGUGAUUCCUAACCGGUGGGUUGUGGAGUUUUUUUUCAGUGGGCCGCGCGUGUAAAAAAAAAAAGGAAAUAAAACUGUAAUGACCCGAUGUCCGUGAAUGCACCUUGCGUUUUUGUCUGGUACAAGCAGCCCCUUUAAAUAAAAGAUAGUUGAGAUGUCUGACUCCCGCCAUUUAGGUCGCUGCUUGUCACUGUGGAGUGUCGGUGGGUCCCGCAGCCAAAGCAGCUGAGCACCACUGAUAUAGACAAUCUUUGACUGGCUUUUGAAAAACAGCAGAGCUGUCCUGCAAGGUUCCCCCUAAUUUUUCAAGUAACUCAUGCGCAUACACAAAAAUGACCCGAGCAUUCGUUGAAGCGGCAUCAGACGCACACGCUGUAGUAUCGCACCAGUCCGAAACCUGAGAACUGACAACUUCCAUCUGUCAUAUUUUGUAUAUGAGCGGUUUCAAACAGACGGCAAGGAAAAUAAAUGCUACAAAAAUGAGUAGCUCGUGGCCAUUUUCAUUUUGUAAAAGUAGCUCUCAAAAGAAAAAACGUUGCUGACCACCGGUACAGCCAAUAGUACAUUUAAACAUGUACACUUAAUCUAUAUGAUCGGUAUCCGUAUCGGCCGAUUUCACUCAUGCAUGAUCGGUAUCGGCAGCGUAAACACCUGAUCGGCGCAUCCCCUGUUGUUCCCGGUCACUCACCGAGUGCAGAAUAAAUGAUGUGUUUCUUUCCUGUACAGUGCAGAUCGGAUUGCAUUUUGUGCGCUGCAUGGAUUUGUUGUGUGCUGACAACGCAGCUUAAAGGGAACAUUGCUCUCCUGUCAUAUAGAGGAUCUUUGACUGGCAUUAUUUGGAUUAUUUUUCCCAGCAGGUCCUUUAAAAACAGCAGCACACAAUAAUGAAGAUCUCUUAUCAGGCCGUCAUGAAAGAAGCAAAGAGGGUGUGUGGAAUCAUGUCAUGUCGUGCCAGAGUGUGUAGUCAGCGCGUGUGUGUGUCCUUUGUAGUGUGUGAAAGUGUGUAGAUGGUGCGUUUACCUUAAUGGCAAAAAGCAGUGUGAGUCUAUUUUCAGCAGGUGGAGGUAAUACUGUCAUUACGGCCUUCCUCUCAAAUAACUCUAUUAUCAUGAUAACAAGGCAAAUCACAACACACACGCACACACGCACACACGCACGCACACACGCAGGGCUGAUGCAUUGUGGGAAAAAAACACAAGAGUUGUGUCUAUUUUCACAUCCAACAUAAUCCUCAAGUCAUCCCAAUCUCACUUUAUGAACGACAAAAAUGUGGACUUGAGGACGGAGAAAAAAGCACACAAGCUUAAACACACACACACACACACACACACACACACACACACACACACACACACGCACGCUCACACUAGCAUCGGUGGUGUUCUAUGAUGGAAGAAAAUGGGCUGACAUUUGGAGAAAUGGGCUGCCAGGCUUCUGGAGAAGCCUGCUUUUUUUCUCAUAAAGGCUGAAAUUUGGACAAAUCUUGUUGUUGUUUUUGUUCCCUCUUCUUCCCUCUUCAUUCUCACUCGGCCGUGAAAUUCACUCGCUGCCUCUCUGGGCGGACUCACAGCGGGGCCUGUCAAUCAUAACCUCACAAUACAAUGUGGUGGAAAUAGGAAUAAUCCGCUCCAGGGUCAAACUGCGGCCGUCAUCGACGCUUUAGUCAAUGUUUGCGGUCACGUUUUGACGUCCUUAAAGGGGUUCCAUCCUGUUUCAGGGGCUAUCUUGGGUCGUGUGCAGGGGAAAUACGCAUUCUUCUCCUCUUGGCCGACGUGCUCGGAUUCCGCAGCCUGUCCCUCGACCACGCCCACGCCGUUGUGAUUGGUCAGGGGUCCAGCCCCGGCAACAGACGGAAGCGCGGUUGUAGCGCUAGCCUGACGACCAGGCUAAAGGCUACACCGUGCCUCCGAUUCCGUGUGAUCUAUCAUCUUACAUUAUCAUGUAUUAGUGGUGAGUACCAAUACAUUUUAUACUUCAAUGCUUUUAAUAAGUGUGUGCGGCCCGGGGGCCACUUGCAGCCUGCAGCUGGUUUGUUAUUGGCCCGUGGCACAUUCUAAAAAUAGAAUUUAACAAGAAACCUAAAAACAGCAGCAACAAUGUAAAAAUCAGCAGUCAUUUUACAGGAAUAAAGUCAAAAUAUGAAGAGAAAAAGGUUGUACUCUAACGAGAAAGUCGUAAUGUUACGAGAAUAAUGUAAAAUUAUGAGGAAAAAUUACGUAAUUGUAGUAUCAUAAAGCUGAACUACUAAAGAAAAAAAGACAUUAAAAACAAUAUGAUGAGAAACAAACUAAACAACAAAUAACAUUAACAUUUUUGGAAAAUUUGGUUGUGGAAAAAUUAUAAUAUUACGAGAAUAAAGUCAAAAUAUUAUGGGAAUCAUAGUCAGAAUUACCAGAAGAACAUUUACAAGAAGGAGGACGAAAUAGCUGGGGAAAAAAGACAACAGCAGAAAUGCAAAAAACAGCUGUAAUUUUAGAAAAAUUAAAUCAAAAUAUUAACAGAAAAAAAUGUCAUUUGACAAAAAUAAACUCAUUAUAUUAUGAGGAAAAAAUAAUGUCAUUUCAGCAGUCAAAAUAUUUAGUGAAAAUAUUAUGAGAAACAAACAAAACAACAAAUAAAGUAUAUUUUGAGGGGGAAAUUAGUUUGGGGAAAAAGUUACAAUAUCACAGGAAUAAAGUCAAAUAUUAUGGGAAUAAAGUCAUAAGUACAAGAAUAAAAUUUACAAAAAGAAAGAUCAAAUAGUUAGAAAAUAAAAAAAAAGACACAACAGAAAUGCCAAAAAUAGCUGUAAUUUUUGGAGAAUCAAGUCAAAAUAUUAAUAAAAAUGUUGUAUUGUAAUGAGGAAAAGAGUCACAAUUUUACAAGAAUAAACUCAUAAUAUUAUGAGGGGAUUUUAGUAACAUAGAGUUGAAAUAUGAAAGAAAAAGAAUGUUUUUUUAAAGCCGUAAUCUGACGGGAAAGUUGUAAUAUUAUGAGGAAAAAUAACAUCAUUUUAGCAACAUAGAGGAGAACUAUUAAAGAAAAAAAGACUUAAAAAAACGUCAAAAUGUUAUGAAAAACAAACAAAACAACAAAUAAAGUAAAUUUUGGGGGGGAAAUUAGGUUGUGGAAAAGUUAUAAUAUUGCAAGAAUAAAUUCAAAAUAUUAUGGGAUAAUAAUUAAUAAUUACAAAAAAAUUUACAAGAAGAUGAAAUAGUUCAACAAACAAAAAGACAACAGCAGAAAUGCCAAA